AUGGGCCGCGGGUACAACACGCGCGACGACGGUAAUACAACACGCGCUACUAUAGCAACAACCACGCCCGACUACAACUACAACAACCGCCACAGCCGCGGGUACAAACGCGCCGACGGAAAUACAACACGCGCUACUAUAGCAACAACAACGCGCGACUACAGCAGCAACAACCGCCACAGCCGCGGGCGCAAUACGCGCGACGAAGGAAAUACAACGCGCGCUACUACAGCAACAACAACCGCCUCAGUAGCGGCUACAACGCGGUCAAGCAACAACAACCGCCACAGCAGCGGUCAGCACAGGAGCGACAGCAAUGCCGCCAUAGCAGCGGCUAUUGCGACGACGCGCGAUACGGCUACAACGCGCGCAAGCAACAACAACCGCCACAGCAGCGGUCAGCACAGGAGCGACAACAACGCCGCCAUAGCAGCGGCUAUUGCGACGACGCGCGAUAGCAACAACAACGCGCGACUACAGCACCAACAACCGCCACAGCCGCGGGUACAACACGCGCGACGACGGAAAUACAACACGCGCUACUAUAGCAACAACAACGCGCGACUACAGCAGCCACAGCCGCGGCAACAACAACGCGCGACUACAGCAGCAACAACCGCCACAGCCGCGGGUGCAAUACGCGCGACGAAGGAAAUAAAACACGCGCUACUACAGCAACAACAACGCGCGACUACAACAACAACCGCCUCAGUAGCGGCUACAACGCGGUCAAGCAACAACAACCGCCACAGCAGCGGUCACCACAGGAGCGACAACAACGCCGCCAUAGCAGCGGCUAUUGUAACGACGUCAUCGACGCGCGAUAACAACAACAACGCGCGACUACAGCAGCAACAACCGCCACAGCCGCGGGUGCAAUACGCGCGACGACGGAAAUACAACACGCGCUACUAUAGCAACAACAACGCGCGACUACAGCAACAACAACCGCCACAGCGCGGGUGCAACCUGCUCUGGUCUGUUCUUAAGUGGGACUGCCACCGCAACAACAACAACGGCGGCAACAUAAGCAGCCGCGGGGGCAAAACGCUCGACUACGCAACAACCGCCUCAGUAGCGGCUACAACGCGCGCAAGCAACAACAACCGCCACAGCAGCGGUCAGCACAGGAGCGACAACAACGCCGCCAUAGCAGCGGCUAUUGUGACGACGCGCGAUAGCAACAACAACGCGCGACUACAGCACCAACAACCGCCACAGCCGCAGGUACAACACGCGCGACGACGGAAAUACAACACGCGCUACUAUAGCAACAACAACGCGCGACCACAGCAACAACAACCGCCACAGCCGCGGGUGCAAUACGCGCGACGAAGGAAAUACAACACGCGCUACUACAGCAACAACAACCGCCUCAGUAGCGGCUACAACGCGGUCAAGCAACAACAACCGCCACAGCAGCGGUCACCACAGGAGCGACACCAACGCCGCCAUAGCAGCGGUUAUUGUAACGACGUCAACGACGCGCGAUAA